GGUGGGGAGCAGAAAAGACUGGGCAAUGUUUAAUACCCAUCAUUAUUUAUCCCCCCCCUGCCCUCGUCCGUGUGUGCGAGGCAGCAGCUUCUUCUCGCAGUAGUAGGUGCAGCUUCCUGGUGUCGCUGCCCCGCAGCCCGCACCGCCGUCACGCCGGGAACUUCCCGUCUACAGGCGGCUCAGGCUCGGGCUCGGGCGGACCGGAGCGGCUGACGGAAAAAAAGGGGAACGACAUCGGUGGCUGUAACAAGAAAAAAAAAAAAAAAGGAGAAGACGCACUCGAGUCGGCGAGAAAAGGGGGCCAUUGUCCCCCCGGUGUGGGGGAGCGGAGCCCGGUCUGCUGCUGCGGUAACCAGCCCCGGAGCAGACGGAGCCGCUGCCCCGCGGACCGGCCUCUCUCUCCGGAUGGGAGUCUGCGGGUAGCAGCUCUCAACAUGGCAGGGAACCUGAAGAAAGGCGGGGGGCUGAUCGGGCUGAUGAAGGACGCCUUCCAGCCGCACCACCACCACCUCCACCCGCACCACCAGCCCGGGGCCGUGGACAAGAAGACGGUGGAGAAAUGCUGGAAGCUGAUGGACAAGGUGGUGCGGCUAUGCCAAAACCCCAAACUGGCUCUGAAGAACAGCCCCCCCUACAUCCUGGACUUGCUGCCAGACACCUACCAGCACCUGCGCACCAUAUUGUCUCGCUACGAGGGCAAAAUGGAGACUUUGGGAGACAACGAGUACUUCCGGGUCUUCAUGGAGAACCUAACUAAGAAGACCAAGCAGACCAUCAGCUUGUUCAAGGAGGGCAAGGAACGAAUGUUUGAGGAGAAUUCCCAACCCAGGCGAAAUCUCACCAAGUUGUCAUUGAUCUUCAGUCACAUGCUCGCUGAGUUGAAGGCCAUCUUCCCCAAUGGCCUGUUUCAGGGUGACAACUUCCGCAUCACCAAAGCAGAUGCUGCAGAGUUCUGGAGGCGAGCCUUCGGGGAUAAAACCAUUGUGCCUUGGAAGGUGUUUCGUCAGUCUCUCCAUGAGUUUCAUCCCAUCAGCUCUGGGCUGGAGGCAAUGGCCCUCAAGUCCACUAUAGACCUUACCUGCAACGACUACAUCUCUGUCUUUGAGUUUGAUAUAUUCACCAGGCUAUUUCAGCCCUGGUCAUCCCUGCUGCGGAACUGGAACAGCUUGGCCGUUACUCAUCCAGGGUACAUGGCCUUCCUCACCUACGAUGAGGUCAAAGCUCGGUUGCAGAAGUUUAUCCACAAGCCUGGCAGUUAUAUCUUCCGACUGAGCUGUACACGACUGGGCCAGUGGGCUAUCGGCUACGUUACGGCAGAUGGAAAUAUUCUCCAAACCAUUCCUCAUAAUAAACCCCUGUUCCAGGCCCUCAUAGAUGGUUUCAGGGAAGGAUUCUAUUUAUUCCCUGAUGGCCGAACCCAAAACCCAGACCUGACUGGAUUGUGUGAGCCUUCACCUCAAGAUCACAUCAAAGUCACACAGGAGCAAUAUGAGCUGUACUGUGAGAUGGGCUCUACUUUCCAGCUUUGUAAGAUCUGCGCUGAGAAUGACAAGGAUGUGAAGAUUGAGCCGUGUGGACAUCUCAUGUGCACUUCCUGUCUCACUGCUUGGCAGGAAUCGGAGGGUCAGGGAACUGGAUGUCCCUUUUGUCGCUGUGAGAUUAAAGGUACAGAGCCCAUAGUUGUAGAUCCUUUUGACCCCAAGGACAACAGCGGAGGCUCGUGUAGGAGUGCGCUGGGAGCCGAGGGUGCACCAUCACCCAGUUACGAUGAUGACGACGACGACAGACUUGAAGACCCACACUUGAUGAUGAGCAAACUUGCUUGUUCAAAGGUGGAGCGUCCCCCAUCGCCCAUGUCCUCAGCUCCUCAGUCUUCUCUUCCCCCAGUGCCUCCCAGACUUGACCUGUUACCACACCGACCUCCAAACCCCCCUGGAGCCUCCAGCCCCGGGGUCACGAGUAAGGCAGCAUCUCACCACAAAGACAAGCCUCUUCCCCUUCCCCCUGCACUCCGGGAUCUCCCCCCUCCUCCCCCCCCAGACCGACCCCACGCAGCCGGGACGGCCCCCGAGGUCCGGCUUCAGAGACGGCCCUUACCCAGCACGCCGGGCGAGCCCCCUCGAGACAAGCUCCCUCCCACACCCCCCAACCGUCCUAUGGCUGACUGGAACUCCAGGCCCGUUCCCAAGGCCCCGGCCUCGUCGUCUUCCUCGUCAUCUUCUUCAUCCACCCACUCCUCCGGCCUGGGAGGAGACAUCCGAGCAGGUGUCCGGGAACUGUCCAACAGACACUCCCUCCCGCUGGCGCUGCCCUCUGCGCUGGACACCCACUCAGACGCUCAGAAGAACAACAGCUCCCUGAGUCUGGACCACCAGCUGACUUUCAGCACAAUAGCUGGACAAGAUUAUGACAACCCCAAAGUGAAACCCUCUGCCUCAGCCAACGCCAUUUAUUCACUGGCAAACAGACCGUCUCCAGUCUUGAGGCCAGUGACGGGAGAGGAGGCCCACGAUAGUGAAGAGGACUCGGAGUACAUGAUCCCCUCUUCUCGCCCCGUCACAGCGCCGCCUGUCGGGGAGACCCCAGCAGUCCCUAGACCCCCACAGCCUCACCCCGUAUCAGCUCUGCAGACACAGCCGCAGGCUUCCACAGUCAACUCGCGGAUAACACUGGCUGAUCUGGACAAUGGACCCCAAAUGUAUGAAGCCAUGUACAAUGUCCAGGCAAGGUCCCAACAAGCCAGCGAUUCAGACUAUUCAGAUUUGCCUCCUCUGCCGAUGACCAAUGGGCCCAGAGACCACGCGGCCGAGGACAAGGAGGAAGAAGAUAACAACUACGACUACCCAAAACCCCGGCUACCUUUGCCUCCUGCACGACGAACUCUCUCAGAAAUGGGGGGCUCUUUGUCGUCGUCUUCAUCCUCCUCAUCGUGCUCAUCCUCCACAGCUGCUCUCAGCCGCCUCUCUUUGGAUUCGGACGCUGGGGCUGCAGCAUCGUUUGAGCCACUGGAAGCGCCAGAGAGACCUCCAAAGCCUCUACCCAGACGGAUCAACUCGGAGCGUCGGCCCAGCCCCGUCCCACCCGCCCCUGCUCCUCCCGGCACCGCGGCAUCGGGAGGAGAAUCCAACCCUCAGAUCAGUAGUGAGAUCGAGCACCUCAUGAGUCAGGGAUACUCUUACCAGGACAUCCAGAAAGCACUGAUGAUUGCACAGAACAAUGUAGAAAUGGCCAAGAAUAUCCUCCGUGAGUUUGUGUCUGUUCACGCCACCACGCACAUUCUAACAUAGCACACCGCUGCAGCCCCUGCCUUGUGAUUGCUCUCUCGCCCUAGCUUGGCCCAGCCCAGUUUGGUUUGGGCUGGCUGAGCCCAGCCCGAAGCCUUCUGCCUGCAGCACCACCUCCUGUGCUGUCUGACGCCCUCGGCCCCUGUGGAUUUUUAACUCGCUGUUAACUCCAGCGAGCUUAUAGCAUCUCUGGGACUCUGCGCCCUGCACUCCAUGCGCUUUCAACAGUGUCUGGCCUUUUUCUUUCUUUUUUUUUUUUCUCUGUGGUUUUGGUUUCAAGAAAAUCUCCUCGGGACUGAGUGAACACGUGUGGGUCAGUGAAGGGAUGCCACACAACCCAAGACUUUCAUAGGAACCCUGGGAAGACGGAUUCUUUCAUGUUGAAGCCUCUUGCUGAAAAUGUUACCAACACCUCACAAAUAAAACAAAAAAAAAAUUGUCUAUGAGAAUUUAAUAUAUAAUUGAAUAUAUAUUAAAUGUGUGUAAUAUAUACAGUACGUGCAUAUAUGAUAUGUGAAACUGAUUUAGGCUUUGAGGGUUGCUGUCGGUGAAAGCGAUAUGGGUUGACUGGAGUCACCAAAGGGAGUUCUGCCCCUUUCUGUUUGGACUGAAGAAGGAAGAUGGAGGAAAAGACAGUUUUCUUUCUCACCAGGAUGUAUUGAUCAGCAGCAGCCUGAAGAACAUGCACCGGAGCUUUUUCACGAACCCAGUCUGAUAUGGCCUUUGAUUAACAACAUUGCUUUGGUACUUUUUUUUGUUAAGAAAAACUCACUUGUGUCAUAUUUUUCAACGUAGCAUGACGAUGGUUACAGGUCUGAUUUGUUGCUGGCAGUCAUUGUGUGCCACGUGUACGUGGGCAUGCGUGUGUGUGUAUGUGUGUGUUUGUGUAUGUUUAUGCCAGACCUCCUCCUAAAUGAACCCCCCGCUUCUGCACAACAUGAAUGUGGAAUUACAGUGGGUGUACUUGGACUUGUAGACGUACUACUGCUCAAGUGACGGCAGGGCCUCAUUGUAGCUGUAGAGCCUGGCGGUGAGAUUAUUCGAGGUCGUGCUAAUGUUGACGGCCCUGCAGUACAAGACAGGCUUGUGUAGCGUGAUCCAUGAAAUGUUAUUGUUUUUGUCUUUUUUUUGUCUAACUUACUGGCUGGUUCGGGUUUCUCUCUCCAGCUCAGUCCAAUGUUACGAAAUAUUAAAAAAAAAGUCAUUGAUUUACUUUGGUAAUAUAUUAUUGUAAUAUGAUCAUAAAUAUUAUUAAUGAAUUCAGAAGUGCUUCACUGCUGCUACUAUUGUUAGUGCUAAACAAAAAAGCCUUAAGUGUACAUUUGUGAAUAUUCUUUAACCGUCAUCCUGUUUCCUUAAAGUGACAGUAUCGUUUUGUCUUUCCAGUCCGUAAUGUAGCAUACUUGAAAAUACAAGCAGCUUUGAGAGCCCACAACACUCUCAAACUGUCAACUCAUCAGUGUUUUUUAACAUUUAAUUGUUAAGUCUAUAGCAACGGUUUAAAAGCAGACAGAAUGCUUUUGGUGUGGAAGCCAUCCACGUUUGAACAGAUUCAUGCUUCUCUUUUCCCUCAGCUUUCCUUUCUGCUCUGGAGUCGUUGCUCUGAAUAGCAGUGACUGCUGAGGCUAUAAAAAAGUAGGCUAUGGGGUUUUUUGCUGGCCCUGCCCCUAAACCUACAUUAAAAUCAGUGUUUGGGCCAACUCUAAGAACUAACUCAGGAAUAAUGUUCAUCUAAACAAGUGGUGUUUAAACCUAGCUGUCAAAAACGAGAGAUUUGUUGGCGUAGACGGCAGCUCACCUGUCAGCUGUCCACACGUCCAGGUGACAGGGAGCCUAAAGUAUCCGCUUAAUGAAGUCACAAACGUAGCCUAUUACUUUUCAGUUGUCCCAUUAUAACUUGCACAUUUUUCGUAUUAUUUCCAGUGUUGGUAGGAGUAGAAACAGCAGCUUCAUUUACAGGUACUAUGAUUUAAAAACAAAAAAAAAGAUAAAUUCAUGCAAGCAGCUUUUAGGUACAUUAACUUGAACCCCUCCCAGCAUAUGAAGAAUGUUGUUUAGUUUUUUUUCUUGGGAGGGUGUCAAUCAUGUUGACAGCUUUUCAGCCUCUGCUUGUGAUGCAUGUUGACUUGAAGCCAUCUGCGACCCGGCCAUCCUCUAGUGCUUCUUUUCUGUUCAUAGUUGCCUUGAAAAAACGUCUUGAAUGAUGGGUGAUAAAGGACGGGGAGGUCCGCAAUCCUCAAUACUGUACCAACAUAUAUAUAUAUAUUAUAUAUAUUAAUGUUUCAAAGAAAGCGUGUCGUCGUCGUGUAUUAUUUACAUUUUACUUUUUGCACAGUAUACCAAUUUGUGCUUCGAUACUGUCACUCUAAAGAAAAGUAAAUUGUGUAAAGUUGAUCAUAUGAAAAGGAGAGAAAAAAAGGCAGUUUUUAUUUCAUUUUGCAUUCCUGUUCGUGUAUUUUGUUCCAAAGGUUUUUUUGUUUUUUUUAUGUCUACUUAUGUGAUUAAUUCCAUGAAAUGUGCCAUAUGUUUGGAAAUCUUCACCAUGUUUUAGAAAAAGAGCUUGUUUUUGAAGAGCGUUCGUAGGUGUGGAGAUUGUGCAGUAAUGCUUGCAUGAACCUGUCUUUGCCUCCUCGCCUGCCGCAGGUGCUCACCUGUGAGAGGCUGCAGAGUACUUGUGCUCACCUUUCCCAGGUGAGAGCUCGGCCUCAGAUGCCCCUUGAUAAAUAAAUCCCCCUCGUUUCAACAUCCCCCCCAGCUGUUGGAGUAUUUACAUUUUUGGCCAGGAGAGGGAGCCGUCGUUCCACGUUGCCGCGUUGCUUGUCAUCAGUGAAAGACUGAUUCAUUUUUUGAUGGUUUUUAAAGCUCAUAUCUAUUUGGAAGUAUGCACAUUGCUGUUAAUAAAAUGUUAAGCAGAA